AUGCCGGCAGCACGCGCAGGGCCCCGCCGGGCCGCCCUGCGCACGCUGCACCGCGGCGUCCCGUCCGCGUUGAGCCGCCCUCCGCUGGGCGCCCUCUCCGCCCCGCUCGCCUCCUCCUCCUCCUUUUCCUCCUCCUCCUCCCACGGAGCCACCCUCCUCCUCCGCCCCCUCUCCCUGCCAGCCUCCUCCCCGCCCUUCCCCUCGCUCCACGCCGGUGCCGGAGCCGCGCGUCACUCGGGCUCCAGCCCCGCCGCAGACAUGGCGACGCUGACCGCGGUCCAGCCGCUCACGCUGGACAGAGAUGUUGCAAGAGCAAUUGAGUUACUGGAGAAACUGCAAGAAUCUGGAGAAGUACCAGUACAUAAACUACAGUCUCUAAAGAAGGUGCUGCAGAGUGAGUUUUGUACAGCUAUCAGAGAGGUGUAUCAAUACAUGCAUGAAACCAUAACUGUUAAUGGCUGCCCCGAGUUCCGAGCCAGGGCCACUGCAAAGGCAACAGUUGCUGCUUUUGCUGCAAGCGAAGGCCAUUCACACCCGCGAGUGGUUGAGCUGCCAAAGACAGAUGAAGGCCUGGGAUUUAACGUGAUGGGAGGAAAGGAACAAAAUUCACCCAUUUACAUUUCCCGCAUAAUUCCUGGAGGAGUGGCAGAAAGGCACGGAGGGCUCAAACGGGGCGACCAGCUGCUCUCAGUUAAUGGAGUGAGCGUUGAAGGGGAGCAUCACGAGAAGGCGGUGGAGCUCCUGAAGGCGGCCAAGGACAGCGUGAAGCUGGUGGUACGCUACACUCCCAAGGUGCUGGAGGAGAUGGAGGCUCGCUUCGAAAAACUGAGAACAGCACGACGCCGGCAACAGCAGCAAUUGCUCAUUCAGCAGCAGCAGCAGCAAAAUACACAGCAAAAUCACAUGUCGUAGGUUAUUCUCAAGAAAAAAAAAGCCUCGAUCAAGAGUGCAGUAAUCAAGCAACCAGAGCUGUACUUCAGUAUUCCAUUAAAAGGAAGCAACUACAGAAACAUGAAACAGAAUUCAUCUGGAAAAUGUUUAGUACAAGAAUAAUGUAGUUAAGACAGCCAUAUAGAGGGUACUUAUCAUUAUUAGACUUUUCAGAACAUGGCAGUCACAGAUACACAGUAGUUCUGUGACUCCAUUCCUAAUGAGAACAGCAUGGUAAAUAAAUGCUAAGAGACAGAGAAGUCCAGGGCUUCCAAAUAAUGGUGUGAUCUAAUCUUGCACUCCUUACUCUCACAAAGUGGCUGGUUGGCUUUCUCUAGUCAGUGGAAGUGACUAAAGUGGCUUAAGGAGAUCAAGAUUGGCUGUUUUGGGGGACAGAGUCUUUCUUUAUAGUUAUCUCCAGAAAUAAACAACUGCAUCAGUUCAGAAUUUUGCCACAGACAUCAAGCUCACACAUCGCACUUCAUAGCCACUUUGUACAAUAUAUUGUAGAGCUGUUUUAACCUAACUUCCUGUUUAUAAUUUUCAAUUUUCCCUCUGAAAAUAGCAAUUUACUAUAUUUAUAAAGUAUUCCAUUUGUAGAAGCAAUUGGCUUUUUACUCUUGGCGUUUCCAUAUAUUUUAUUAUGCAUCAACAGAGUGAGAAAGUUUUAGGUCAAUUUUAAUUUUAUUAGUGGUAAAGUUAGGGAAUCCUAGAACUGUAUUUUUAAACAUAGGCAUUGCUUGUAUCUAUUAUAGCUACUAUUCAGAAAUCUAUAACUGGAUAUAUUAUAUAUUUAUUCCAUAAAAUAUAUAUUGUCUGAAUGUACCUGUUAGAGAAGUAGGGUCUUUGCUUAGCAUGUAUUGCAAAUGUAGUAAGCUAAUUUUAGCAAAAGACCAAGCUUUGUUUGGCAGAUAUUCCUGUGAUAGCCUAAUCUCAGCAUUUUUGUAUUAUUUAAUUUAUUUUUCAGUCUAACGUUAAUAUAUUUUAGAGAGGAGGAAGUGUAAGUCAUUUCUUUUAAGACCCUCACAUUAUCAUUUAAAUCAAUUUGAAGUUAAGAAUUCUGACUUCUUUUUUUUUUAAAUCAAACCAAAUUGGAAUGUGCAAACAAAAUACUUAAUUAAUUUUACAUUGUUUGCAUGUGUGCUUUUCCAAAGAAAAUAGUUAAAGUUGGAAGGCUAUGAAUGUCAUCCACUUUCAAGAAAUAAAGCAAAUAGAAUCCCCUUAUCCUAAUAAAUAAUCAUUUAAAGCAUGCCUUCUGUGCUACAUUAGAAAAAGCUUGGCAGGGGGAAAAGAGCUUAAGGGAAGAGUCCUGCAGUCCUUGCAUAUUGAAGACUCUGCUGAUGUCAGUGAACUUUAGCAAUGUGAGGAAUGUAGAAGUAGUGUGAGCCUGUGUUCUGAUUGCGAACUUGGGAAAAAGUCAAUUAAUAGUUUAAAGGAUCUAUUCUCAGAGAGAGGCAAAACAAACCAGGGAAAAUUGUCAGUAAUGUAUGUUAAAAACCAGAUGCAGGCUGGCCAGCAGUCUUGUCAGUGUUUGAUUAGUGUAAGUAGUUAGUGAAACAAUAUUACUGUAUUUUUAAAACCAAACAUUGUGAAUAUAUCCAGAAAAAGCUCAUUUUAUACAGAGAAGUAAUUCUAUCCAGUGUUCGUUGGUGACAAUGUCAAUUAAGACAGUGGAGCUUGAGCACCACCAGAAUUCAAGCUGAAAUGUAUUGUAUUGUGCUCUGCACGGUAUCUUUUUAUACUUAAUAAAAUUGUAUGUACCUAUUUUAAAUCUGUAUUCUCGAACAGACACUGCUAUUAAUAUUAACAUUACAAAUUGUUACUAUGACUGCAUAUAACUGUUCUGUAUCUCAUCGGUAUGAUUUGAGUUACACUGAUAACUGUGCAUUUUCAGAGACCAAGUAUUAUUCAGAUUUAGUCAGCCCACUGUACUGCAUUUUUCCAAACUGCCUCACCACCUCCUCCCCUCCUCUUCCUCAAACAAUCUAGAUUUGAUGGAGUGGAAUGUGCUGAUUAAUAAAUUUCCAUAAUGGAAUGUCAUUCAUAUAGAGAAGCAUAUCAAAUUCAUUCUCAUAUAUUAUUACUCAAUAAAUUAUUUAUGCACACUAACAUUAACACUCCAGUCUUUGCCAACACUUAAAAAUAAGGUGAAAGUAAAAAUACAAGUAAAAUGCAACUGAUAAUAAAUUUGAAAUGGAAACGGG